CUAAUCUGAGGCUCAAGUGCAGCUUGACGCACAGAACGGGUCAGGCAGAGUGGUGGAACAAGCUAGAAGCACAACGGCUAGCAGCUGCUCACGAAGUCAUCGCAACCGGGACGCCAGCCUUUUCGUCUGGAUUCCAACCCGCCGAUAAUAUGGACCUCGACCUCAUGAGCAAAGAGCGCGCCCAUCUGAAAGCGAGCGGACGCAAGAGAAACCGCAAAUAAUAUUGACAACAAGACGAAAACGAGUCGCUGUGCCGCAUUGCAACCGUGUUGUUGUCUGCCGUCGACGCGUCCCCUCACCCCCACCGCCUUGUUGCUGACCUGCCACUCGUUUCCGUUUGCACAGAUCACGGCAAAGGGUAUGAUGAAGGAAGCCGAAGAGCAGUCAUUGUCCCUCAAAGCAGCCAUCGAAUGGCAGCGCGCAAACCGAGUCAGACGAAUAGCAGAUGCAACGAGCAAAGCGAUGCCCGUCUCCGUCUCGAGCCGUCAGCUCGCAGUACCAUGCCCAUCGGAUCAUUUGCGCGCUUCCAGCUCUUGUCCCAAUCUGCAUGCGGUCUCUUCGCUAGGCCCGGGCACUACGACCGCUCGCCCAAUUUCGCGCGACGAGCCUGUUGGUCCUUCGGCUAGGUCUCACGAUCCAUCGCGCUCGACCCACGUCCAAGCAACUAGGGCUCGCUGGCCUGCCGAUCGCAUCGCUCAAGUGUACAAUGCAGUCGACGCGCCAAUCCUGACUGCGAGCACGCACCAGCUUCAGCCUCAUUUUGUCUACAGAGACAAAGCGGCAUUUUCCGAUUGCGGCAGCGUACAUGAUCGAGCCCCAUCUCCAGGCGACAAAGCGAGAGAGCACAUAGGUCCUAGCUGGCCAACAACGCCACGUUCGCCAGCAUUCGGCGCGGAUACAUUUGCCGGUUCAGCCCUCCAAGCUCGCUCUGUGGAUCAUAUCGUCUACUCGCCUGCCGGUCUAUCACGUAUCGCACGAUCCUCGUUUGCCCUACCCGCUGUCUGCGCGCGUUCUCUAGCCAGAGACGAGACCUCGGACGAGCAAAUGACGGACGCGAUGUCGAGAAUGGCAGUAGCCGAUCAGGCACGCCAAGCUGCUCUACGCGCUCUGCAAUCUGGCCGGUCUACAAGCUAUUCAGAUCUCGCUCGUCACUGUGCUACGCCCAAAGGUUCGGGCUGUUCGACGACGACGAGUGCGCGAGACGCGUAUGCAGGCACAGCGAGGGAGGUGAGAUUCAGGAGCGGCGUGUCCUACUUGCCUACUCCCUCGCCAUCGCCCGAGCCUGCGUUGUACCGUGCAUGAGAGGCUAUGCAGGUGUACAUAUCGAACGUGAGCUGUCCGGGCCUUCGGCUCAGAGCCCAAAGGCGCGUGUUGUCUUUGGCUGGUAA